CAGCAUCCCGUGGCAGCAUGCUCUGCUGUGACUCAUGAGUCUCACACACAGCCCGACCACAGCCGGGGAGGCGAGAGCGGCCGUGGGGGCUGGUGGGCCACUCAAUUGUCACCGCAGCACGCAGGUAGCAUCUUCCUGUGUCACCAAAGCGUGCUCUGGUCCUUCGGUGCUCGCUCUCCGUUCCCCUGGAGCUGCAGCAGCGGCUGCACCGCGGGGCACCGGGGACGCUCCCGGCCCUUGCAGCCGGGAGCUGAGGCUGAUUUGCAUCCCUCCGUCGGCAAAUGCACACAAAUAAUAAGUGCUCUCAGGGAAAUCGGGAUCCCUUCCAGGCGGCUCAAAGGGGAAAGGCAGCAAGCUUUGUCUCGAGCAAACAAUUCGCCCAGACAUUGAAGGAUGCCUUCGGAAGUAGUCUCAUGAAAAAGAAAAAACAAAGACCCCACUGAGCCGGAGGAGGGCCGAGGGCUCGAGGCAGUGCCGCUGACAGUGGAAUUCCAGGUACAGCUGCUGCGGUGGCCCUCGGCUGCUGCUCAGAGCCCGUGGAGCACGGUGGCCGUGGACAAGGCUCCCUAAGGCGGCCGUGGCUGGAGCGAGCGACGGAGGGCCUGGAUCCCGCACGGGACGUUGCGAUGUAUCCCAGGAUUAAAAACCUGGCGCUUUAUGCCUUGUCGGUCAUGCUGCUGGCGUGUCUUUUUUACCUAAAGAGAGAGGCAAAGUUGGCAACGUCGUCAGCAGAGCAGAAAGUGGAUGUAGCAAGUCGCAAACCCAAGUCUUUAGCUUUGGACAACGCCGAACCCAGUAAGUGUUUGCCAGACUUGACCCUCGCCAAUUCUUCCCUCGCCCUCCCGGAGCUUCACCGCGUCUUCCUAACGUACAAACACUGCCGGAACUUCUCAGCGCUGCUGAAGCCUUCCAGGUGCAGUAAGGACACGUUCCUCUUGCUGGCGAUCAAGUCUCCCCCGAUCAAUAUAGAGCGGCGGGUGGCGAUCAGGAACACGUGGGGGAAGGAGGGCUCCAUUGGUGGCAGGCACAUCAGGCUGGUGUUCCUCCUCGGGCGCUCGGAGGCCAAAAUCCAAGCGCAGCCCCUGCACCAGCUGCUGGCUUACGAAAGCCAGGAGUUUGAUGACAUCGUGCAGUGGGAUUUUGCUGACAAUUUCUUCAACUUGACCCUUAAGGAGCUGCAUUUCCUCCGCUGGUUCAUGGAGGACUGUCUGCAUGCCAGGUUUGUGCUGAAGGGCGACGAUGAUGUCUUCGUCAACACUUACAAUAUCGUUGAGUUCCUCCAGGAGCUGGACCCUGAGCAGGAUCUCUUUGUUGGGGACGUGAUUGCCAACGCCCGGCCCAUCAGGAACACCAAGGUGAAGUACUUCAUUCCAGAGACCAUGUACGGAGCCCCCUUCUAUCCCCUCUAUGCGGGCGGAGGGGGUUAUGUGAUGUCUAGAGCGACAGUGCGCCGACUCCAGAGCACCGCAGAGGACAUGGAGCUCUUCCCAAUAGAUGAUGUCUUUGUGGGAAUGUGUCUGGCAAAGAUGGCAGUGACCCCAAAGAACCAUGCUGGCUUUAAGACUUUUGGGAUCCAGAGACCUUUCAAUCCUUUCGAUCCGUGCUUGUACAAGGAACUGAUGGUUGUGCACAAGCUAAACCCCACUGAGAUGUGGAUCAUGUGGACGCUGGUGAAGGACGAGAGCAUUCGGUGUGCGGUGUCAGUAACACACCCCUACAGAACCGGUUGGAAAUGAAGCUCCUGAUGAGCACAGCAGGAUCUUGGCUGGUGACGGAUACAGGGUGCUUAAACUAAAAAUCAGGUUGUGGUAGAAAUGUGUCCUCUACUAACAGGCUGUACGUGAGCCAUAGGGUUUUGUUUGCAGUCAGUCUUUGUUGGUGGGUUACUGAAUUGUCAGGGGAAGGGGACGGGGCUGGUAGCUUGGUGAGACGCGGCGCAGGGGACUCGGCUCGGUUCCUCCUGGCCAUGCUGGGGCCCAGGGAGGUCACAGCUGCUGCAGGUAACGUGAAUGAGGUGCUACCUCCUGUGGAGAUUCUGCAACACUGAGGCUGGUGUCGGACUGCCAGCCUAAUCCGGUCUCUCCUGGGAAAGGUAAUGAUGACUAACAAGUGACGGAGCACUUUAAAUUAUUUCUAACCUUUUUAGUCAAGGCAAGGGUAGAAGAAAGGCCGGUGUAUGCUGCUGCAUCUGCUGCAGCUGCAGCUCCAUUGUCCCAGGCCAGCAAUCCCACAGGUCCUGUGGGGCAGCAGGAGAAAAGGAAUGGAGUGUGUGUGGGGGAAAGCCUUAAAAAUGUAUUGCCUUAACAGCACAGUAAUCCGAGGGAUUGGGCUCCAAUUUAAGCCCUUUGGAUUUUACAGAAAGUUACUACAAGUUUACUUGCACUAGAAGCUUUUGCACAAACAAUUUCUGAUCUAGUUUGAGCAGAAAUAUGUCCUGAGAGGUAGUUAAGUCCCAGUGGCUGCAGCUUUUCAUGCUGCGUGGGAGGUAUUUGGGGUUUAUUUGCUUCAUUUGCUUGUUUUCAUUGGGUAUAAAUAAAAUACAGUUCUGAAAGUAUUCACAGGAAUCUUUCUGGGUCUCCUGAAAGCUAGAACUAGGAGCCAAAGCAUGCUGACGUCUGGUGAUAUUUGCAUUAAGGAGUCAUGGAUAUUAAAGAGUAUAUUAAAGGGUUAUGAGGAAAUGGAAACUUGUCACUUCUGUGAGCAGCUGCUGCUCUCUGCCCACGGUCCAGGCGCGAUGCAUUGACACAGAAGCCGUGAUUAAUCUCUUGAGUGCUCUGGAGUAACUAAUUUGAGGACCAAUCAAUUCUGAAGCUGAGAUUAGCUGACAGUUUAUGAAGCUUCUCAGCCUUGCUGCCAGAUGUGCUGUGUGAGCAGGCAGCGACCUGGAAGCUUAGAAAAAUGUAAGGGGAAUGAGGGUGUGCAAUCACAGGAAUCAGAGCUGGUUGUGUCCCAGCUGCUCAGUGUUCAGGGCCACCAGCUGUGAGCUGGAGCUUCCAGAGGUGCCUGGGGAGCACUGCCAGGAGUUCCUUGUCUUGGCUGCUUAGGCUUGGAGAGCAUCCCGAGCCCCGGGGUGUGCCAGGCUCCCUGGGGAGGCUGCCUGCCCCGCGCUGCUGUGGGGUGCAGUACUGUACAGCCCGGGGCUGAGGGGUUCCUGGCAGUCCUGUCUGACAAUGUAUUUUCCUUGUGGCCUUGGCUUUCUAGAGCACCAGCUGUAGGUCAAGUUUAGCUCCACUGCGUGACUCUUACAGCACGAGUUGCCACUCUCACGGGAGCUGUUUCUGUGCUACAUGAGUAGGUGUGCGUCUAAAAAAAAAAAAACCUUCCGUGAGCCUGUGUGCUCCUGUAGCAGCUGCUACUCCAUCUCACUGCAGCCCUAGCAGUUAUUAAUCAGCUGUACCUGAGACACUACACGUAGUUUUAGACUAAUUGGCUUUGUAAACGAGGUUGAGUAUCGCGCAGCAAAGCCCUGCAUUUCUCAGCACUGUGCCCUGGGCACCACUGUCUGUUCCAGAGAAGAGACUGGACGGAGCGGGCUUGGUACGAUGUCAGCUGCUCUGGCAGCGUUUUUCUGAUCCCCUCGCUGAGUCCAAAUGCAAACUCAGGAACAUCACACAGCGAGUGAUGUCAUGGCAGUUCUGGGCUUAAGUGCAUAGGCUAAUUCCCCUGCACGCAACUCUCACUUCUCAAGGAAGGUGCAGGGGGAUCUUUUCCACCCCACCUGGGAGGUGCCGUGGAGCCACUCAAGUAUUUCUUUCCCUUUUUGACUUGAUUGCACUGACUAAUUGCUUCCUGUCACAGCAGUUCAGAUGCGUGGGGGUAGAACCUGUGUCAAACUGUAAAACAAGAAGUUGGGCUGCAAGGGGGGGGGGGGCAGGCUCUGAAAGGGGAAGAAUGGCCGCUUCCCAGACUCCUGGGUUGAUGUUCAUCUUUCUUAAGCCAUAUCCUUGUCAUGCAAGCAUCUGAGAGGAGUUAGUGCAGCACUGUGACAGAAACAUAGCCUGUAUGUGUGUUUCAAUCAGUGGCUUGGUGGUUCUUCAACUGCAGCACAGAACAAGCAGAGCAGAUGCGGUUAGAAGGCUGACCUGAAGUUGCCUGUAGCUCUUGAGGGUGUGGCUGUGCCACUGCUACAACAAACUGGCACAUGACAGUUGGGUCUUCCCCAGUGCUCCAGCCCAAAGGCGUGUUUGGGACCUUCUGACUACUGGCACAGCAGAUGCUGGCAUCUUCCUGUGAGCUUUGAUUUCAGACCCUGCCUUCCCCCUUGGAUACAGCAGCAUCCAGUGAGCAGCAGGAGCAAGGAAAGUUGAUGUUUUUUUGUUUGUUUGUUUGUUUUUCAAAGCUUUUACUAUAUAAUCUAAAUUUAUGGUGCUGUGCAGCUGAGAUUGCAUUUGUUCAAAAGGCAGGCAAAAGGAGACAGAGAAAGGCUCGUGUUACAGAUGAAAAAAAAUUCCUAGUCAAGCAGAACUCAGUUUAGUAA